GAGUUAUCGUUGUUGCCAAAAAAAAUGCGAUCUCUGGUGGCCAAAUUACGAUCUAAGCUGACCCAACUCUCCCGGCCAUUUUUUCCCGCACACUGUGCAACCCUCUCAUGAGCGUAUGAACCAUCGCUUUAUUGAAUUAACAUCUCACUCACGUAGUUACCCAUAGAUUUCCAUUUUGUCUCCUUCGGAGAUAACAAUAAAUACACCUACUGGUGAAGAUGGCCAACAAUCAGCACAUUCUUCAUCGGGCUUGCUGCAAGAUCUUACCAAGGACCUCCAGAGGAGCUCGCAGUUUCCUAUAACUUGCGGAGGCUAUGGAGACAUCCAUAGGUGUCACUUAGUGAGGUCAGAUGGGACAGUCCCAGUAGCAGUGAAGACCAUCCGUGCUUUACAGUCUGACAACGAGGCUUUGAUGCAGAAGAAUAGAAAGAGAAUUCGUCGCGAGCUGAAAGUUUGGGGCCGUCUCAAACAUAACAGUAUUCUUCCGCUCUGGGGAGUGGCAUCCGGCUUUGGACCCUAUCUCGCAAUGGUUUGCCCUUGGGCCGAUAAUGGAGCUUUGACGGGCUAUCUUGAGCGCCAAGAAGACACAUUGACAUUGGAAGAUAAGUUCGUACUUUUGACUGAUAUCGCCCUUGGGUUGCAGUAUCUUCACAGCAAAUCAAUUAUCCAUGGUGAUCUGACAGGGUCAAAUGUCUUGAUUUAUGGCAACGGUCGGGCGUGUGUCGCUGAUUUUGGUCUUUCAACCAUGAUCGAGGAGUUCGUUGGUACUUCCUAUCUCACGAGCUCCAUCAGAGGACAUAUUCGAUGGGCAGCUGCAGAACUAUUUUGCAUACCCGAGGGCGAUGGAGAAGAUGAUGCGUCGGUGUCGCUCAGCGUUGAAUGUGACAUCUACUCAUUUGGCAGUAUCAUCUUGCAGGUAUUGACUUGCAAAGUACCCUACUACGAUGUGAAGAAAGAUAAUGUGUUGUUGGGAUGCGUCGUCACAGGAAAGAAACCAGAGCUUCCCAAGGGCUCGCAAGUUGCACCUCCGCACUGGGAGUUCAUACAGCAGUGUUGGUUGCCUCGUGCCAGUCGACCAUCAAUUGGAGAUAUUGUGCUGUUCGUACAUCAGCAAUACUGCGAGCUCCGUCCAAACGAGACAAUUGACGAUGGGGAUUCAUCCGGGAAAUCGUCUGGGAUUUGGUUUGGGACGUGGUCUGGGAACUGGUCUGGACACUGGUCUGACAGUGAUAGUGAUGAAGAUGACGAGUCAGAUGGUGACAGCUCCUCCGGAACCGACCAGGAUGCUGAAGGAGAGGAUCUGGACGAAGACACAGAUGAUGAAGAGGACGACGGAGGGCAACAUGGUAGUGAGGGUGACAAGCACAACAAGAGGGGUGAGGGCAACGAAGGGGUUGACCGCGAUGUGGUCGUUGGCCUAGAUGAAGGAGACGGGUCCAACGACAACGACAGCUCCUCCAAAUUCGAGCAGGAAGUUGAAAGAGAGGACUUCAAUGAAAUCAGGGAUGACAAAAUAGUGGAAGGUGAUGAAGGGCAUGAAGGCAGCGAGGAUGAGAAUGAUGGUGAGGAGGAGGAUGAUAAAAGCAGCAAGGGAGUUGAGGGCGAUAACGAUUAUGGGAGUAAUGUUGGCUAUGAGAGCUAUGCUGACGGAUUCGACGGCGGGGCAGACGACAACUGGAGUUAUGACUCAGACGGGUCCUGGUAGACUGGAUCUGACUGGUGCAUGUCAGUACUUAACCCGACGUUAUACGGUUGAUGUUAUUUCAUAGAUUUCGGAGCAUUUGACGUUGCUUGAUUAUUCAGGCUCGGCGGGUAUGUCUUGUUUUCUAUUUAUUAGAGUAUAGCGUUACUCGUUCGAGACUUUUCCUUGUUCAGUAAUUAUCAUUUCAUGAUCAGUGCCAACAUACAGCACACCAAACCUCUCCCCCACAACACCAAUGCCGUGGCUGAAGUUUGACGGUGUCUUUCUGAAUUAGUCAUGCUUGUUAGCGACAACCUUGCUUCGGGAUCAGGAAAGGCC